AUGCAAGCGCAAGGACCAUCGCGAACCGCCCACCACAGGAGCCCCCCGAGCCAUACACCGGCGCGCCGACGCGCAGCCCACCCCAGCCCCGAACCACGGAUUCCCCCCCGCGCCCCCGCGACGCAGAGACCUCCCCAGGCCCCACACACGGGACGACCUCCCAGUCGUCGACCAACCCUCGAAAGAGAAGGGCAGUCCCUCCAAGAAGCCUUCAAAAAGGCGACAUCCCUAUCUAGGGGAAAACCAGCCGGUCGGCUGAACAGAGUGGUAAGCUGCGGGCCCGCCGGACACUCGUCCGAAAAACGAACGGGACCCAGCCGGGCCCGAGCGGAUAUACGAAUCCGCACGUCGCGCGUACCUCCAACAAAAACCCCUGCACAGCGUCCACACCCCGCGCCUUUAGGCGCAAAAAACCCCAACCGUGUCUGCCACGAAGUCGGACCGCCAACACCCCUAGGGCAACCCCAAUGGCCCGAGGAUCAGCCGAGCCGCGGAUUUCUCAACGCAGCACUCGACCUCACCAAGGAUCCCCCAGGGAAGCCCGAGGAUGAACCGGGCCGCAGGCGCAGCAACUCGGCCAUCCUCACGGUGGCACCCCCACUCCUCUCCAGGGGCUCCCCCGCGGGGGAAGGGGACCAGAAGAGGGAGGGGGGGAGCCCGACGCCCAAAGCGUCACCUCCCGACUUGCAAACUCUGCCCCCCAGGGUGAAGGGAUGCCCCCCCGACACCAAGGUCAAGCUUCGGCGCAGGUCCGACAUCCCCGAGUGA